AUGUUGGCUCUUGUUCCUCUUAAUUGCCUUUAUCUUUUUUGGGAGGAGGACGAAGGGAUUAUUUGGGGGGGGUUGGAAGAGACGGAAGGUGCAGAAGGGACGAACAUGGAGGAUGCUGUGACGCUUUCGGCGACGCUUAGACGCGCCUCUCCCCUGACACGGCGUCGAGCGCUGGUUAUUCUUUUUGCCCUCCGGGGUGUGGCAAAGAAGAGUGACAUGACACUCUCGCUGACGUCCAUCACCACUGCUCUUGAGUUCUCGAUGGCAGGGAGGCCAGCAAGAUUUUUGUUUGCCACGGGAGGUCACGCGUCUGUUCUCCGUAGUCACGACCGAGGUGGCACGUGGCGGAUUGCAUACAGAGUAAAAGGGACGAGCAAUGACCAUAUGGAAGAAGGAGUCCCACCCUCCGAUAAGAUGGUCACCAUGGAAGACAUCGCAAAGUUCUUACCAUCAUCUGAAUCCGCAAAGGGACAGAAGUGGUAUUUAGCCAGUGAGUGCUCCGCAACGGAGCUGAAGACGCAAAUAUCGCACGUCACGGCAUUGGACAGUAUGCUUGCUGUGUGUGGCAGUCGUGCAUUUCUGGCGGUUUCCGUUGAUAGGGGAAUGAGCUUUUUCUGUGUGAAAGAGGAGGAUAUUCAUUCUUUCAUAAAAGAUGAACCAAGUGCAUCCUGUGAGUCGUGGCAGAUUGAUGGAGUGGCUUUUUUGUCAGAUCAAUUGCUUAUGUUUUUUUCCAAGAACAGUUUGUUUUCAAUUGAGCUCAUUCACCAUCAUCAUAAGCAGCAGCAGCAGCAGUUUGGUGUUGUCGCUUUUGGUCGAGUCCGCCUAGUAAAAAAGUUUGCGGUCCCCGUUGGGUGCCUGAAAACAUUUUCUCAAAGUGGCAAAUUCAUGUGCGAAUUGUUUGUGUCGACAAAGGGGCUUUUACACUAUUCAUCAGAUGGGGGACAGUCUUUUCUCACCUUUCCGCAUAAAAUUGGUAUCAUCCGUGCUAUUGAGCCACUGGACAUUGUACUUCGGCGUCGUGAAGUGCCUCAGCUUCCGAACUUGUUGUUAACUCACAUGCAGUCCGCAGCAACAGAGGAGACAAAGAGCAUUAAAACAGGAAAAUACAUUUAUAGGGCCAUUUCCCGUCGUGAUUCUGUGGAAGAGAAAGACGAUGGUAAACAGAACGUGGUGGAUUCUGGUAACUGGGUGACGACGGGUGCUUUUCCUUACUGCUCGGAAAAUGUGCAUUAUCGGGUUUUUUUGGUGGGCGGAAUUGGAACAUCGAUACUGCCGUACGACUACACGGCCCUCUUAUUCAUUGCAGCGACAUUAAACGAUUCCAACGGCCGUAUUGGACUCCUUGGAUCCCUUGCGGAAAGCGUAGACUACAUCCCGUAUGUACGUUCAGGAGCCGCGGAACCCAUCUCCAUUGCCCUUUGCCGACGCCCAGGCUCCAAAGGAUGCGUGUUCGCACGAAGCAAUGCUUCUGGCGUCAGUUUAUCAAGCGAUAUGGGCCGGUCGUGGACAACUCCUACACAGGCGUAUACAGUGGCUGUUAUUGCUAUGGACGGUGGUGAAUUUGUGUGCUGCAACCGUCGAAACGUUGUGAGCAAUAUCCAUGGCGACAGCAGGGAAGUUCAUUCUAUACCAGCUGAUCUGCGCGUCCCUUACUUGACCGAUGCUGCCGUAAUGUUAUGA